AUGUCUUCUCAAGUCGCCAAGGCCGCGCGCCGCGUGACGCACGAGCUUCACGGCGUCGUCGUUUCGGCUGGUCUCAUGGAAAAGACUGUCAAGGUCCGAGUUGGAGGUCAGAAGUGGAACAAGAUUGUCAACAAGUGGUUUGCCGACCCCAAGCACUACCUCGUCCACGACCCCAACUCCUCUCUCCGAACCGGCGAUGUUGUCGCUAUUGUCCCCGGCUGGCCGACUUCCCAACAUAAGCGCCACGUCAUCAAGCACAUUAUUGCUCCCUACGGUACCCCCAUUGAGGAGCGCCCACCCGUGCCAAGUUUGGAGGAAAGGAUAGCAGAGCGUGAAGCCAAGAAGGCCGCCAAGGACGAGCGGAGGGCAGCCAGGAGACAAGCCGAGGAGGAUACGCGACAAGAGGAGAAGAGAUUGGAACUUGAGAAGAAGGAGGUGAAGCGUAAGGCUUGGGAGGAAGCCCAGCAACAACGCAAACCCCAGACUUCAGCGAGCGAUGUCGACUAA